GCUUGUCUUUGCUAGUCACUAUCAUCGAUCUUCAGUAACCAUGACAUUGGGACUGGGCCAAUUAAUCUAUGUGUUGCUGUUGUUCAUCAACGCCAUCGCUGUAUUGAACGAAGAGAGAUUUUUAGGAAGAAUCGGUUGGAGCGCACAACAGGAACCAGGAUUCGGAGAACAAGGUCAAUCCAUAAAAUCCAAAAUAGUCAACCUCAUUUCAGCAGUGCGAACGCUGCUCAGAAUACCGCUUAUUGGCAUCAAUAUCCUCGUUAUAAUGUAUGAAUUGAUAUUAGGAUAAAUCCUAGUUCAAUACAUACUCUACCGUGUACAAUUAUUCAGUAUAAAAACAGAUUUCGUUUAUUCUCGAAAAUUCUUUAAAUCAACUAAUCUGUUUGCGCCGUAUUUACAUCUGCUGUCACUCUCC